UUCGAUAAAGUGAGGGCCUGGGCAAGAACGUUUGAAUGUGGACAAAAAAUAUUCAUAUUUUAUUUAUCUUAGCAGAACAAAUAUAAUAAUAUAAAGUUUUAUUUCUGUUGUAUUUUAUGAGUAAAAUAAAAAGUGUAUUAGAAGUGAGAUAUAAUAAACGGAGUGAAAAAGUUAUUAUCUUUCUAAAGGAUAAGUUGUUUCCCUUGGAGUCUAUAUCAGUUGGAAGAUCUCUACAUACUCCAAUGAUCUGUAAAGAGUAUCAGUGAUUGGUUUCUCUAAAAGUUCAAAAACAAAAAAAAAAUGGGACAAAAGCAAUCAAAAGACGAAGCUGGUGUGCAAGUUGUAAAUAUUAAACGACGUGAAGACGCCCUUAAUGUUUAUCCAGAUAGCAUAACAAACCAAUCAGAGCGACCACUAAGCACUUCUACAGACCAAAAAAAUACAACCAGUACCGACACAACAGAUUCAGCAGUUACACAAUCUGGCAACAUGAUUGAAGCUGUUGUUGGUGAGGCUAAGGACUUUAAAGAUGGCCACAUGCAAGAAGUGGAAGUAGGGGAUCAGAAAGUUCUGCUGGUAAAAGAAGAUGGCAGCUUUUACGCCAUAGGCAACAAGUGUACACAUUAUGGUGCCCCUCUCUCCAAAGGCGCCUACUGUAAGGGUGUGGUACGCUGCCCCUGGCAUGGUGCAUGUUUUAAUGUUAAGACAGGAGACAUUGAGGAUUUUCCUGGUCUUGACAGUGUUCAGAAAUUCCAGGUGGAGGUGAAAGAUGGGAAGGUACUCGUUAGAGCUGACCCUGCUGCCUUAGAAAACUCAAAGAGAGUCAAACCAAUGGUGAAGAAAUCUUCAGACAACAACAAAUCUGUUGUGCUGAUUGGUGGAGGUCCAGCAAGUGUGGUCUGUGCUGAGACACUCAGACAGGAAGGGUUCACUGGAAAAAUUGUUCUGGUCACUAGGGAGACAGCACUUCCUUAUGACAGGAUUAAACUUAGCAAAGCUUUGAGUAUUAAACCAGAGGAAAUAGCUUUGAGGAAUAAAGACUUCUAUGACAGCCAUGAUAUAGAGCUCAAGUUAAACACAGAGGUGACCAAGAUAGUUCCAAGUGAGAAGAAAGUUGAGCUACAAGAUGGCCAUAGCCUAAAGUAUGACACCCUGGUGAUUGCUACUGGUGGACAGCCCCGCCUGCUGCCCAUCCCAGGGGCUGAUCUGAAGAAUGUUUACACCCUGCGAACACCACAGGAUGCCAACGCUAUAGCUGAGAACUCACAUGGCAAGAAUGUCGUCAUCAUGGGAUCCUCUUUUAUUGGCUUAGAAGUGGCAAAUUACAUGAUUGGCAAGGCGGCAACUGUCAGUGUGAUUGGUCAGAGUGCUGCCCCCUUAUCUCAUGUCUUUGGCCCACUUAUUGGACAGUGGUUUCGCAAGAUGCAUGAGGGUAAGGGUGUCAAAUUCUAUUUUGAUACCAGCGUGAAAGAGUUCAAAGGUGAAGAUGGUAAACUGACCGAGGCUGUGCUGGCUAAUGGGACAGUUCUACCAGCUGAUGUCUGUGUCAUGGGAGUGGGUGUUGUACCAGCCACAAACUUCUUGAAGGAUUCAGGUUUGGAGCUAACACCUCGCGGCUUUGUCACAGUCAAUAAGAAUAUGCGCACCAACAUCCCUGACAUCUACGCUGCAGGCGACAUUGUUGAGUUCCCACUCUUCAUUGCCAACAACCAGCAGGCCAACGUCCAGCAUUGGCAGAUGGCUCAUCAGCAUGGAAAGAUAGCUGGGCUCAGCAUAGCAGGUAAAGCCCAAGACAUUCACAGUGUUCCAUACUUCUGGACAGUCCAGUAUGGCAAGAGCAUCAGAUAUGCUGGUUAUGGCCCUGGCUAUGAUGACAUCAUCUUACAUGGUGAUGUGGACGACAACAAAUUUGUUGCCUUCUAUACCAAGAAUGAAACAGUGGUGGCUGUUGCUAGUCUGGGUUGGGACCCAAUAGUUUCUCAAGCAGCAGAGCUCAUGUCAAAGGGAGGGGUGAUAAAAAAAGAUGACAUCAAGUCAGAUCCAGACAACUGGGUCUCCAAGUUAUGUACACUGUGAUCAUGUGACAACCCACUUAGACAAGCCACUUCUAUAGGACCUUGUUUAGACAACCCACUUCUAAUUUUAUAGGACCUUGUUUAGACAACCCACUUCUAUAGGACCUUGUUUGUUUAGACAACCCUCUUCUAAUUUUAUAGUGCCUUGUUUAGACAACCCUCUUCCAAUUCUAUAGGACCUUGUUUAGACAACCCUCUUCCAAUUCUAUAGGACCUUGUUUAGACAAGCCAAUUCUAUAGUGCCUUGUUUAGACAACCCACUUCUAAUUUUAUAGGACCUUGUUUAGACAACCCACUUCUAUAGGACCUUGUUUGUUUAGACAACCCUCUUCUAAUUUUAUAGGACCUUGUUUAGACAACCCUCUUUUAAUUCUAUAGGACCUUGUUUAGACAACCCACUUCUAUAGUGCCUUGUUUAGACAACCCACUUCUAAUUUUAUAGGACCUUGUUUAGACAACCCUCUUCUAAUUCUAUAGGACCUUGUUUAGACAACCAUUUCCAAUUCUAUAGGACCUUGUUUAGACAACCCGCUCCUAUAGGACCUUGUUUAGACAACCCUCUUCUAAUUCUAUAAGACCUUGUUUAGACAACCCUCUUCUAAUUCUAUAGAACCUUGUUUAGACAACCGACUCCUAUAGUAAUUUGUUUAGACUGUUUAAAUGAUGAUACAUAAAAAUGACCAGUGAUCAAUUGUUUAAUAUUUUUUGUUGUUAAUAGUGUUGAAUUUUAUUUAAAAUUAAUUUAAAAUGUGUGUGCCUUUUGCUGGGAAAAAUCUGCCCUAAUUAUUUUUUAUACUUUUUUUGUAGAACAAUCUUAAAAAAAUAAGUUUUCUAUUGUUGUUGACCUUAUAAUGGCUAAAUAUUUUUGCAAUUAAAAAACAACCAGCCUCAGACCCUCUUUGGGCACUAAAGGGUUACACUAUACAAGUCUGUCCUCAUGGUUAAACCAAAUCAUAGAAAGUUUAUAAAAACAAAUUUUUAAAGCAUUUCCCUAUGUACGAAAAAACAACAUUUAAUCUAUGCAAUAAUGUUGGAAUUAAACAACUACAGUGCCACUUCAGUACAUUCAGAAUUGGAAACUUUUAAAAUAAAAAAUAAAGCUCCUAUUUGUGGUUCUAAAAUUCCUUACAUGUAUUCACUUUUUUUUUUAGCUCAGGCCUAUUUCUAAAUUUUAGGAAAAUAAUAAUAAUGAUGCUUGCAAGCGUUAGGUCGUAAAAGCUAAAUUAUUUAUUACUGAGUUGAAGAUAAGAAAAAUAAUUUGAUAACACACUUGAUAACAAAUUAGAUAACACAUUGUAUGAUGUUAUUGUCACUGGUUUCCUUCAACAGACACUGUACAAUAAUCUGUCCAUAAAAGAAUAGCGUGUGAAUCAAGUGUAGCCUAACUACCUAAACAAGCUGUUUGAGAAAGAGCAUAAUUAAAGCAGUAUUACAAAUACAUAUAACUAACUAUAUUAUUAAACUGCUUGUAAACUUCACUAGAUAUAAACUGCCAAGCUUGCAAAAAAAAUUUCUUCAAUAUACAACUAUUGCCUAAAUAUUUAUGUAAUAUUCAGCCUUUUAUUUAAAUUGCUUUAUUUUAUUUAUAGAUUGUUUAAUCAAUUAUUUACAAGCAUUUAUUAAUUCUGCCAUUAAGUGAUAUUAGUGGCAUAAUUUUUUUUUUCGUGACGAAAUUUCUCAAAAAUUUCUGUUUGUUUCAUUCUUUUCUUGUAACAACUCCAUCUUCAUGGUAUUCAGGGUUGGAGAUGCAUUUUGUUAUUCAUGCCAGUAUGUAUUGCAUAAAUAAACAUUUUGUACAAA